AAAAACAAAGCAAUCGCCAACGAAAUUACGCCAAAUUUACGAGAGUUGGUAUUUUUGCUGUCGGACGGCGAGUGUCAAAUAAUUGAUCAUAUAACUCUGGAUUACAAUUACAUUGAAUGCUUGCCAAAUGGAGUUUGUUAUAACAUCGCCAAAAAAUGUUUCGAUAUCAAGCCAAAUUUAAAGGGAUCUCCCCGAGCAUUCGUACGGUACUUUCAUCGAGAGGGAAAAAAUCCCGAACCAAAGCCAUUUAUAGAAGGUAAUUGUUUUUACUUUUCUUUUAACGCGUUAAGAAAAUGUGUUUUUUUUUCUUUUAACGCGUUGUAACAUAUCAAGGUGGUAGUUGUAACGUGUUGUAACGUAUUGUAACUUGUUGUAACGCAUUGUCAGUAAAAAAAUGUUGGCUCUUUUUCUUUUAACACGUUGUAACAUAUCAAGGUGGCAGUUGUAACGUGAUGUAACGUAUUGUAACUUGUUGUAACGCAUUGUCAGUGAAGAAAAUGUUUUUUUUUUAUCUUUUAACGCGUUGUAACAUAUCAAGGUGGUAGUUGUAACGUGUUGUAACGUAUUGUAACUUGUUGUAACGCAUUGUCAGUGAAGAAAAUGUUUUUUUUUUAUCUUUUAACACGUUGUAACAUAUCAAGGUGGUAGUUGUAACGUGUUGUAACGUAUUGUAACUUGUUGUAACGCAUUGUCAGUGAAGAAAAUGUUUUUUUUUUAUCUUUUAACGCGUUGUAACAUAUCAAGGUGGUAGUUGUAACGUGUUGUAACGUAUUGUAACUUGUUGUAACGCAUUGUCAGUGAAGAAAAUGUGUUUUUUUUCUUUUAACGCGUUGUAACAUAUCAAGGUGGUAGUUGUAACGUGUUGUAACGUAUUGUAACUUGUUGUAACGCAUUGUCAGUAAAAAAAUGUUGGCUCUUUUUCUUUUAACACGUUGUAACGUACGUUGUAACAUAUCAAGGUGGUAGUUGUAACGUGUUGUAACGUAUUGUAACUUGUUGUAACGCAUUGUCAGUGAAUAAAAUGUUUUUUUUUUAUCUUUUAACGCGUUGUAACAUAUCAAGGUGGUAGUUGUAACGUGUUGUAACGUAUUGUAACUUGUUGUAACGCAUUGUCAGUGAAGAAAAUGUUUUUUUUUUCUUUUAACGCGUUGUAACAUAUCAAGGUGGUAGUUGUAACGUGUUGUAACGUAUUGUAACUUGUUGUAACGCAUUGUCAGUAAAAAAAUGUUUUUUUUUUAUCUUUUAACACGUUGUAACAUAUCAAGGUGGUAGUUGUAACGUGUUGUAACGUAUUGUAACUUGUUGUAACGUAGUUCUAAAAAAGGUGCAGUGAACUACAUUUGUAGGUGUCGAAAAUAGCUUCCCAGAUAGAAAUGUGCAGUUGCGUUUUUAUCAAAAAUGGUACCAAAUUUUGCUCGCCGGUCAGUAUCCCAUGAAAGAAAAGAAAUUGUUGCUGGUAGGUCCUCCUGAUAGUGGAAAUCAAGUUGGUUUGCUCCAUUUCAAGGUAAUUAAAUAAAGUUCGUGAAAACUUCUGACUUUUAGACGGCACUUACUGACAUACAUUUGUCCUUUUAGGCAUUAUUCCAGAAAUGUACAUUGCUGACGUGGUUCGGGAUGGUUGAUUCUCAGGCCACCUGAUAAAUAGAAAUACACAAGUCGUAUUUAUGGAUGAAUGGACUAGCGACAGUCUAUGUUGUGAAGAUGCAAAAAGAAUAUUGCAAGGCGGCUUGGUUAUGAUCCCGCAAAAACACAAAAAACCGGCCCGUUUUCAAUACAAUUCGGGUUUUUUUAUAACAACUAAUAUAAUGCCGGACUUCGGAAAUGGUGUAGAUGGUGAGGCUAUCCUGCGUCGUCUUGAAGUUUUCGAAACUAAGACACUUCGAGUGAAGGACAAUAGCAUAACAAAGUGGAUGAGAAUGCACUGCAUGGAAAUAUUUGUGUACGUUGCCAGCCAGUUGAAAGACAUCUCGCUUUUCACCAGCGAAACCAAUGUUGCGAAGAAAAAUCAAGUAGGCGCUGUGUACAACGACGUUGAUUGCGAUCCGUCGGUCUUCUUGGACGAAGAGCAAACAUUGGAAGCAUCUAGCAGUGGUCUAAGCACACGAGUUCAGAUUGAGAAUGCAGUUCCGCAAGAGGCUAUCGACUAUGCCAUUAUUGCGGCUGACGAUAGGGAUGGCAUUUUGUACCAUGUGCUUAACUUUGAUCAUGAACUGUUUGACAUAGAAAACAAGUUACACAGUGCUGAAUAUAUGCGCAAAAUGUACGAGAUAGCCGCUGGGGCAUGGGAGGAAAUCUGCCCAUUAAUUAAUAACGAUGAGACCUUGGUAGCUUUCAAACGCCGUAAAAGGAUCAACUGGCAGGGUAGUGACACGUUCUACGACACGUGGUUGCUUGCUACAAACUCCUGCCGCGAUUGCUUCCCGACGAAAGAAAUGAAGGAGCUCUACCCUGAUUGGGCACAACUAAUUGAGCAAGACGAAGACGAAGGAGAAGGUAGUAGCCACGACCGCGAAGAGAACGAGGAAGAAGAAGAGGAAACAAACGAAGAGGAGGAAGGUCAUAGGGAAGAAGAAGAAACAGAAGAACAUGAAAUCAAUGCUCAGUCGACAAAACUUGUUUCCACUGUUAAGCAAGAAUAUAUGCCGUUUUGUCCAGCAAAUAACAGUACUGCUUUUAUAGACCUCGUGUCAGAUGAUGAAAGUGUUCCUGAAAUUUCUUCAGUAAAAUUAGAGCUAUUUUCCGCAGAUAAUUCAACCACUUCUCUCGAUUGUGAUGUUAUCUGCAUUAGUUCGGACGAAGAAGACAAUUAAAAAAAAACUUUUUUGCGUUUUCCUUCCCUCAUAUCCCACCACAUACUCCUUUUCUAAAGUGACAUGCGAAAAGCGGUUUUCUCUACAGAAAUAGGUUACAAAGCGUUACAACGUGUUACAAGGCGUUACAAUCAGCAUGUCCAUGCGUUACAAGGCGUUACAAGAA